CGAGAAAUAGCCGGAGAAAGAGAAGCAGAGAGAGAGAGAGAGAGAGAGAGAGAGAGAGAGAGAGAGAGUGAGACAGAGAAGCGCGAGGGUGAGAGAGACCGAGAGUCUCUCGGAGGGGGAGGCGGCAAAGGCGUCUUCAGUUCUUCUUCUUCUCUUCAGGCAGAAGUUACAAUGGGAGCCGGUGGCCGAAUGGUCGUCCCUACCACCAAGAAGCAAGAACACGAUGCCCUCCGCCGAGCCCCACACUCAGCUCCUCCAUUCACCCUGAGCCAGAUUAAGAAAGCCAUACCGCCUCACUGUUUCCAGCGGUCCGUGCUCCGAUCCUUCUCCUACGUUGUCUAUGACCUUGCCAUGGUCUUUGCCUUCUACUACAUUGCCAUCACUUAUUUCCACCUCUUACCUCACUCACUCUCCUACCUCGCCUGGCCAAUCUAUUGGGUCAUACAGGGCUGUGUCCUCACAGGUGUUUGGGUCAUAGCCCACGAAUGUGGCCACCAUGCAUUCAGUGACUACCAAUGGCUAGACGACACGGUCGGACUUAUCCUUCACUCUGCCCUUCUCGUCCCCUACUUCUCCUGGAAGUACAGCCAUCGACGCCACCACUCAAACACUGGGUCCCUUGAGCGUGAUGAGGUCUUCGUCCCAAAACCCAAAUCCAAGAUCCCAUGGUUCUCUAGGUACCUCAACAACCCACCCGGCCGUGUCCUCACACUCACAAUCACACUCACUCUUGGGUGGCCACUCUACUUGUUAUUCAACGUCUCCGGCCGUCACUACGACCGCUUUGCCUGCCAUUAUGACCCUUACGGCCCAAUUUACUCCAACCGUGAACGAAUGCAGAUCUACAUCUCCGAUGCCGGUGUCCUUGCGGUCACAUACGGUCUGUUUCGGCUUGUGGCUGCAAAAGGGCUCGCUUGGGUUGUAUGUGUCUAUGGAGUCCCAUUGUUGAUCGUGAAUGGAUUCCUUGUCAUGAUCACCUACUUGCAGCACACCCACCCGUCUCUGCCGCAUUACGAUUCCACCGAGUGGGACUGGCUGAGGGGAGCAUUGGCAACCAUGGAUAGGGACUACGGGGUGUUGAACAAGGUCUUUCAUAACAUCACAGAUACACAUGUUGCCCACCAUUUGUUCUCGACGAUGCCACAUUAUCAUGCAAUGGAGGCAACCAAAGCCAUCAGGCCUAUUCUUGGCGAUUACUACCAGUUUGACGGAACCCCAUUUUACAUGGCAAUGUGGAGAGAAGCAAAGGAAUGUAUUUACGUGGAGCCGGAUGAGAAUUCCAAGGAUAAAGGGGUGUACUGGUACAAGAACAUGUUUUGAGUCAUUUGAUACUUCCAAGUUCAAAGUUCGAACGAAAUCACAAGCAAGCCAAGGCAAUGAAGAUCGUGAUGAAUGAAACGUAGCUAGGAAGCUCUUUUUACUUCCCCAUCACUGAAGCGAAUGGAGUUCUGUUUGUGUUGAGAAUUGAGACUAUGGUAUUAGUAGCUAGUCGGUCUAAUCUUGCGUUUCUAUACUUCCCAAUGUAGGAGUUCUGUUUGCUACGAUAGAUUGGUAGAAAUAAAUCUACUGGCACCUUGAAGCCGCUUGCAAAGCUGUUUCGUUUAGAUUAGUAUUGUUUACCAUAUUGAAACUUGAAAGCAUAAAAUUAUCAUCCACGGCAGAUUGCUAACAUGAACGUUAUUAAAUGGGGAAAUGAAGUCAUUUUAAGGUUC